GUAACAGAUUGGACAUUCCUCUCUUAUCUGCCCUUGCUCUAGAUGAGCUCAACUCAGCCAACGUGUGGUCCUGUGGGAUCGAGCAAGAACAAUUUCAUUUCUUUAUUUCUUAUCUCAACCUUGUGCAGAGACACUGAACAAAACCUUGGACCCAAAAUAAAUUUAAGGAGAAAGAACACACUUAAAAAGAUCAACAUGCAGAUAAGAUAAACCCUUGUGUGGAAGGUAAACCACUCUGACUCCCUGUGCCAGAGGCGAGAGGUCACGCUACUACCGACCCCUAUUAAGGUCAAGGCUGAUGAGGAGAAUAGUGUUGCCUGAGGUGGUUGACAAUGUUGAACAGAAUCCACAGAAUUUUGAGCACAGUGCAGAUGAAAGCGGAUAUGCUUAGAGCGAUAAGAAGACAUACCUAGUAGGCGAUGAGACUGGUUGAAGCGGCUUUGGGAUGAGCAAGAAGAAAAACAAAGCCGAAACUGUGGAUCCUAGUGGUUUGAGAAGUUUCAGCGUGUCGCAGGUCUCACAAAGAUCGCAAUGCCAGACCUUGACAUGGAGAAUGAUGAGCUGAGUUAAUAUGUUUCUGGGGAGGGACAUCUUGGUGAUUGAUACCUCAUGAGUAUCAGAAAUUUUGCACGUGCAGUGCAAAGCAUUCACUAAGAGCGAGAGUCCACAAGCGAUCUGUUCAUGUAUCCGAGUGUAUACCCGACAUUAUACCCGAUGUUAUCAUUUUCAGCACUGUGAUGAGAGUGAAGAAAGACGGAACUGGAAAGACAAACGUUGGACCCCCCAGCUUCAUGCAACUGAAAGACAUCAGAAUCUACAGCUCCAAGUCCAAUCUUCCAGGUGUGACACCAGCUAUACCAGUCGAGCUUGAUCGUGAUCACGUAUUUGUGCGCCUCAAUUCCAACAGAGGUCAGACAGCCACUUCCGGUUUCGUGGAGGUGUACGCUAACGGCGAGUGGGGGACUGUUUGUGACGACAACUGGGAUGACAAGGACGCGGCUGUUGUGUGCCGCAUGUUGGGGUUCGGCGAAGUUGGCGCAAUUGCCACUAGCGACGCCGAAUUUGGCAGCGGGCAUGGCAUCAUCAGCAUGUCCAACGUCAACUGUCAAGGUACGGAGCACCACCUGCUGGACUGCGGCAUCACUAAGGACAACUGGGCCCACCAAUACUGUAGCCACGAUGAGGAUGCGGGCGUCAUGUGCAUUGUGGACAACACCGUCAACGACUUCCUACUGUUUACGGACUCCACCACGGGCUUCAUCAACCGCAUGGACCUGAAGACGCACAGCUACGUCUCGCUCAUGAUGACGGAAGUCACCAAACCAGUAGCGCUGACCUUUAACCCUGUGGACAGGAGGCUGUACUUCUCCAACAUACACACCAUCCCUGAUAGUCAUAUCUUCAGUUCGAAGCUGGACGCCACAGGACAGAAGCUGGUGAUGCAUUUUCCUAGAGACUCAGAGAUAGAUGGACUGGCGGUUGACGGCCACAUGGAAAAACUGUUUUACACGGACGCCGGACGUAAGAUAAUCGCUUCAUGCAACCUGGACGGUAGCAACGAGACCGUCAUUGUGGACACUCUUCUCGACAAGCCUCGGGCCAUCGUGCUGGACACAGACAACAGCGUGAUGUACUGGACGGACUGGGGACCUCGCCGAAGAUUGAGAAAAUCAACUUUGAUGGCUCUGGCAGACAGGUCCUCGUGUCCAAAAACCUUAAGUGGCCAAACGGUUUGGCUCUCGACACGAUCAAUCACAUGUUGUAUUUCUGCGAUGCUGGCACUCAUCGCAUCGAGUCUGUGGACAUCAGCGGUCAGAACAGAAAAGUCGUGUUUGUUGACAUGAGCGCUGACUUCGUGGGUCUGGCUCUGUCUAAACACCAUCUGUACUACAGCGACUGGAACCGCCCAUCCCUGAUGCGCAUCAACAAAGAUGGCAGCGAGCAAAUGCCGGUUGGACCUGACAGCUUUGGUCGUAUCCAAGCCAUCGCUGUCUCGGAGAAGUUAAGAGGAUGAUGACCACAGCUUGUUGUUUAUCGUCACUUUGAUACGCUUGAAAUGCUGGCAAACUGCCUUCACCUGAGAAUUCGUUGGUUUGGGCUGUGGACUGGACUGCUCCUUAUUCUUAUCAUGUUUAUUCUGACAAUUUUUUAUGUCUAACAUUUUUGUUGAUAUUAUUGAAGAAAUUCCUCUGAUUGUGAACCUGAGAAAUACUGAAA